AAACACUUCGAUCGCCCUCUUGAUCACAUGAACCCUCUCCUAAUCCUGUCGAUCUUUGCCGCGUUAGUGCUGAACUUGUUGGGUGGAGUCACUCGCAGAUCCUGCAAUUUUUUCCUUCGUAUGUUCGGAAUUGUUGUUGCGUGUGCCAUGCAGGAAGAUGGUCGACCAACCUCCAAGGAAGAAGAAGCCCUGAAAGACUUUCCCUCUGACAUUCGGAGUGUCCGAAAGUUUUUCGACCUUGAACCGGCUGUGACUGUCUUUGCAGCCUGUCCAAAUUGUUCAUCGACAUACGAGCCCUCAUUUAGAUCUGGCAUCCCAAUCUAUCCC